AUGAUACAGCACGUCAAACUCAGAAAUCAAGAGUUCUUAUAUUUCUUCCUCACGGUAACCGACAGUGAGCACCCAAGUGUCCUUGGUGAUGGUGGACCACUUGUUGAAAAAGGGAGCCAGCCAGGGAUGAUGAGGACAGUCCAGGAGAGGAGAGUCAAAGAUGUUCUUUGUUUUUCCUUGCAGGGCGAUGGAAACCUUGUCUGUGUUGAGCAGGUCCCUGGGACCGGAAAGGAGGAGCAGAAGAAGACGACUGAGAAAAGUUGGAUCUUUCAGGAGCCGGAGAACCUCCAGAGAUGGAGAGAGUUGGAGAGACAGAAUGUUGAUGAUCCUGAGAAACAGGAACAAGAGGGCUUGGUGCUGGGACCUGACGGGCAGAGCGGGAUCCAGGUCCUGCAUGAAGUCACGAGUUUUGUCAAUGAAAACUCCCUCUCCAUCGAAGGGGAGGUCCUCAAUGUGGGCCUUGGAGUCAUGUGUUUUGAGGAAGAGGAAGCAACAGACUGUCUCCAGGGCUCUUCCCAACAGAGCUGGCUGAUCUAUAUGAGUCACCCUGGGAGGGGGAUUUGUGGCUUGAAGGAAUUGUUCCCAAAGGAAAGAUCAAAGCUGAGACUGGUGAUUCUUGAAGUCACAAAUGACGCUCCGGCGGAAAAAACGGUGUUCGGUGGCGGCCGCGCCACGGGUGUCUUUGUCCAUGGUGUGGCGACGUCGGCGGUAUUCUUCGCCGCGGCCUCCGCCGCUGCCUUCCGCGCCGCCUUCCGGGUCGCCGGCGCUGGCAGAGGCAGAAGCGGCCACGGAGACCCCGAGCUUCUCCCCAACGGAGCUGUCCGAGCUAGAGCCGUUCUUGGGCGGGGGCGGCGGCGGAGCCAGGAAGCGAGGAGUUGCCGUCGGCCCGCUCUCCGGAGCGCCCCCCGACAUGGUGCCGGAGAGGAGAAGAGCGAGGAAGGCGCGGGAGCGGUGGCAGCAACAGCAGCAGAAGGAGGAGGAGGAGGAGGAGGAGGAGAAGCACCAGCCGCGGUUGCCGCGGUAAAAGCUGCCUGGAGGCGGGUCAGUGCGCGGCUGGGACCACGCCGAGGAGCUGCUCUCGCUGUUGCUCUCGCUGCGGCGGCGACGGCCGCGGCGACGGCUGUUGCCGAGGCGGCUCUGGCAGACUCCUCACGGCCAGAAGGAAAAGCGGCAGCAGCAGCGGCAGCAGCGGCUCUGGUUGUUGCUGCUGCUUUUGCUGUUGCUGCUGCUGCGGGUGCUGCAGUCGUCGAGCGGGUUGGGCCGGCGGCCGGGUGCCUCCCCGGUCAGUGUCCGCAUCCAUCCUGCUGCAGUGGGGAGCCGAGGAGCAGGGCCGACAUGGAGCGGGAGCGGCAGCGAAGAUGGGCACCGAGGAGACGGGGUGGGGAAGAGGAGGAGGAGGAGGACGGAGCAGGAGAAAGAGGAGGGGGGAGAAGGAAAGGCCGGGGGAAGAGCCUCCGACAGGCCUUGGGCGGGGUGGGGGGUACGGCAAGGCUGGGCAGGCCCUUCCCCAGCGGGGCCGCGCUCGCUCGCUCGCUCGCUCUCCCCCUUCUCUCGGUCUCGCUCCACUCCUUGCCUCAGUCCAAGUCCCGCCGGCGUCGUCACCCGCCCGCUCUCUCAGGGCCCCGGCCGCGUCCUCACCGCCUCCGCUCUCGGGGACGGCUUCUUCACCUCCUUUCGUUCCCACACUCGUUGCCGAGACUCCCGCCUCAGCCUCGUCGUCGUCGUCGUCGUCUCUCUCUCUCACCCAGAGGAAGAAGAAGAGAAGGAGGAGGAGGCCACCCGCCGCCUCACACUCCGAGAGUGACUGGCCUGAAAAGGCGGGGCAAAGAAGCGGGCGGGGAAGGAAGAACGAGGCGAGGGAGAGAAUGUAACCGAGAAGCCGAGCCUUGUCUUGGCUUCUUCUUCUCGCCCGUCUUCCCUUCCUGCGUUCUUUCCCGGUCGCUCCUGAGGAGAAUGGGGGAUGGGCCUCUCCCUCUGACUGCCACCUCUCCCAAUCCGGGCGAACUCGCCGCGCUAAAUGGCGACUCUGCCAGAAACCAGCAGGCACGCACGCGCUCGCUCGCUCACACACACACACACACGCACAGAGACAGAAAGGGAGAGAGCGAGACUGUCUCCGAGACCACGCCCCCUUUUUCCGUCCGCACUCUAACGCGCCUGCGUCAACGCCGCUUCGCCUUCUCGCCUGGAGCGGGAGAUGUAGUUGUAGUCGGCCUCGCGAAGCGCCCAGCGGCCGUCUGGAGGCUUCCCAGGGUGCAUUGCGCAAGCGGCUUAUGGCGAGGCCGACAAAUGGAACUGUGGGGGUUGUAGUUUUUAUUUCAGCAAUAAACCGUGCUUCGUGAUCUCGAAUGAGAGCGCGUGCAAAACUGCUACAUUCGGCCUUCAGAAGAACCAGAAAAGGAAUACAGUGUGAUGGAAGAGCUAUGACAAACCCAAUCCUCCUCCAGCCCAGAGACAAGGGCUGUAGUGCUGCCACAAAAUUAUACCAGCGCAAGGCUGGUUGUCCCAAAAAGUUCUGAGAUAAUUUUCAGAUUU